AUGAUUAGUCUAAUACUUGUAUUAAUUACACUCUCAUUUGGAAGAAAAUGCUAUUAUUACGAACUCUAUCAAUCUGAAUCACUUGUAGAUACUGUUGAUAGUGCAUUUGAAUGUAUUGAAGAACCAACAAUUUCAAAAGAUAAUAAAAAAUUAGUGAUUAAUCGUUUGAAAAGGAACUUAGAAUCAUAUGUAUACAAAGAUAUAUUGAAAAAUCCACCAACUCAAACUGGUACGUAUUAUUAUAACAAAGUGGAUAUUGAUAAAGAAAUAGAUAAAAUAAAUAUGGACGAAGGAAGUUUAUAUGAAUUUUAUUCACAAAUUCAAAAUUUAUUUAUUUCAGCAAAAGAUCCUUUGUUGUCAUUUGCAAUAUUACAAAAAGAUGAGAUUUCGAUAAGAAAUUAUAUUGCUUAUUUUUAUUAUUUCCUUCCUUUUAAUAUUAUGAUAGAUAAAGAAAAACAUAUGUAUCUUAUUCCUAAAUAUUAUUACAAAGAUACAAAGAUUGAUGUUCCAACAGAAAUAGAAAAUAAUAAAAAUAAUUAUGUUAAAUCAAUAAAUGGAGAUGAUCCAUUUGAACUAAUUAGAAAUUUUGGAAUUGCUUUUAGCUCAUUCAAAUCUCCUCAUGCACAAUUUACAAAUUCUAAAUCUUCUACUCUUGAUAAUUCAUUUACUCAAGGAAAUUUAGUUUUAUUACCAUUAUCAAAAGAAUAUUUACGUAUACCACUAACAAUUAAAUGGGAAAAUGGUGAAAGUGUUGAUGUUCAUUAUUCAAUAUUAAAGUUACCAACUCCCACUCUUCAUGAUAUGGUACAAGAUAAAAAUCUUCUAAAAACAAAAGAAAUUGAUUUAGAUACAGAUGAUAUAAAAAGUGAAUAUGGUGAUUUAAAUAAUAACAUUUAUUGUAAAGUAUCUAUUAACAAUAUUAACACUCUUGUUAUUAAGAGAUUUAAUGUAUUCAAUGACAUGCAGGUACUUAAAAAAUGCGUAGAGUUAUUUGAUUCAAAUGAAUAUCCAAUCCAAGUUAUUCUUCCAGAGAAUGAUGGCGGAAGUGAAGGAUUGGGAAUAUGGAUUCAAAAAUUAUUAGCACCCAACUAUGAUGCUGAUUUAAUUUCAUCAGCAAGAGAAUCCGAUAACACAAAAGGAAUAAUAACCCAAGAAGGCCUAGAAGAAUACGUUGAUCCAAAAACAUGUAUAAAAAGAGUGUUAGGCAAUGUUAAAACUAAAGAAAUGGCAAGUUGUCUACGUACAGCAGGUGAAUACUUACCAUCUGCAAUAAGAAAGUUAUGGCCAUAUUUACCAAAUGGAAUUAAGGAGUGGUAUUGCACUAAAAAAUUGAAAGAAUGGUAUACAAAACCAAAUACCAUUAAAUAUGGUAGUGUUAAACAUGUCAUUACUCAACCAUCAAGACUUAUUGCAGAACCACCACUUCAUCAAAUGAAAUUAAUGAAAAAUCCAAGAAAACCAACAGAAAUAGUAGUUUAUACUGAUUCAUUUUGUUAUUCAGCAUGUUCAAUAAUGACAAAAGGAUUAAAAGAAUGGGGAGGAGCUAUUAUUGUUGGAUUUAGUGGUGAUCCUAAUGGUAAAGAUGAAGAAUUUGAAGUAGGACAAUCACCGUCAAUAAGAAUGAAAGAAUUAUUUGAAGAAGAAAAUACUGAUUCUGACCCAUUACGCUUUUCUUUUAAUUGUAGCUUUUUAGAAACAUUUAGACAUAAUUAUAAUUAUGAUGAAAGUAUUCCUAGAGAAUUCUUAACAGAUGUAGUAGAUGAAAGAGUGAAUAUUUAUCAAUUUGAUAAAACAGAAGAAGCAAUAAGUGAAUUUGAAGAAGAAACAAAGAAGAUAAUAGAGAAAUAUCAAACAAAAUGUAAUCCAAAGAAUAAAAGAUUAGUUAAAAUAGAUAAUAAAUGUGAUAAAGAAAUUAAUAAAGAGCAUGGACAUGGAGGAUAUGAAUGUGGAGAUAAAGGAGAAUGGAGUACAAAAUGUGUACUUGCUUAUUGUGAUUCAGGAUAUAAAUUUGAUUAUAACAGUAAUCAAUGUAUUGAAGAUGAAUGUGUUUUUCCACCAAGUCUAAAUAGUGGAAUGCCAAUAAUGACAGUAAACCUAGUCAUGAUAAUAAUUGGAAUAAUCACAUUAAUUCUCUAA